AUGACGAUGAAGACUGUCGAUGGGACGAAUGCCCUAGAUUGUCCCGUACUCACCGACCCAACGAAGCAAAAUGAAGUCUACUCGUACUUGGAGAAUCUCAAGAAAGACAAUGCUGGCUGGCGUCGGUCUGUCGAAAACAUCGUCGGCAAUCUUAUAAGAAACCAUGAGGAGCAUUUUCUCUUGCUGCAAGUCGUAGAGGAUUACUUGCGAAAACGAUACUCUCAGGCCACGAUCGAAGAAAUAGAGAUAAUUCGAACUUUCCUCAGGAACUGGAUGCAAAAAUUGGCUUCUGGAACUUUUGUGCCCUCAUUUCUCAUCAACAAGAUGGGUCAUAUAUUUUCGAUCGUAUUUUCUGUCGAUUUUCCCCUACGCUGGCCUCGCUUUAUGCAAGAAGUGUUCCUAGAGAGAGGUUUUCCCCAUCAAUCAAAUGUUCAUUUCUACCUAAAAACUCUGAUUUCAAUUGACCAAGAGGUUGUGGACCGAGAUAUUGAGCGUAGCAAAGAGCUUUUUGAUAGAAACACGAAAAUCAAGGAUGCUAUGCGAGAACUCUGCAUCAAAGACUGCGCGGAAAGUUGGUGGCAAAUUCUGGAAAAUCCAAACCUUUCUGCCGAUCAUUCAUUAGUCUUCGAUGUUGUUGCUGCAUACAUUGAUUGGAUUGAUUUGGAACUGGUCGCUACUGAACGAUUCGUGCCACUUUUGAUUAAAGGGUUGUCAAAUAACGAAUCUUCAGAGGCAGCAGUAAGAGCUGUUGAAGGACUUGUGCAAAAGGGUAUGCCUGCUCAGAAGAAACUGUCACUCACUUCUGCUUUGCUGGAAGUCAUCAAAUCUAACAGCCUCAUCGAAGUUAAAGAGGAUAGUGAUGAAGAUGAUUUGGAUAGAAUUGGAAAUCUUAUUGCCUUGAUCGGACAUCAAUUGAUCAUUGUCAACUCACAACAACUUAUCCCAAUUGCUCUUCGUUUGCUUAAUGAUGAAAAUCCUGAAAUUAGUGAGAUUGUGAUCGAUUUCUUAAGGGUCUAUGUGAUGCUUAUUCGCUCUAGUGCUGAACAGGAACACGUCGCUACAAUGGCUCAAAUAGUCAAUACGGCACUCAGGCGUUAUACAAUGCCCUCGGAGUUGAAUCCAGAUGGAGAGGGCGAAGAUGAAAUUCACUUUCAUGAUUAUCGCAAGCAACUACGACAACUUAUCAACCCAAUUGGAACAAAACGUGUGCAAUUGGUCGUCGAGCCUAUUGAGCAAAUGGUGUCACAAGUACUUUUGGCUGGUACAGCGAGCAAUAUUCGUUUGGUGGAAUCAGUAGUACAAUUGGUCUACGCGCUUUCUGAGAUGAUACCGUCUACUUUCACUCAACAAACAAAGGAAAAAGACGUAUGGCUUGUUCGUGCCACGCAACUACCCUUGGCUUUAUUGCAAGCGAUACCUCUUGAUGGCCGUUCUGCACAAGUUCACAUACAGUACUUCGAAAAUGCUUGCAGAUAUGAAAAGAUUGUGGGCACAUCUCCAGAUAAAAUUGUCCCAAUUGUGACAGAAGCAUUUUUAGAUGAAAGAGGAGUUAGCUUUCCGAAUGAAAAGGUUCGAACCCGGGUCGUAUACCUGUUUGUUCGUUUUGUCAAAGCUCAAAAGCAGGCCCUCAACCCUCUGGUUUCUCAAAUUGUUCCUCGAAUCGCUCCACUUCUUGCACCUGGCUCAACUGGUCUUUCUGAAGAUGACCAAGGAUUUUUAUUUGAAGUAACAGCAACGCUCAUAAUCUUUGGAAAUCUAGAACCCGCGCAAAAACGGCAAUUUCUUGAAGAACUCGCAACAACAAUAGCUUCCCGUUUUCAACAAGGCUUGGUCGAAUUAGCGGCUACGCGAGCAAGACGCGAUAAGGCAGCAACGGAACAAAUGAUGCAAUCACUUUCAGCCAUUGUUACUCAUGCAAGUCGUUUGUCAAAGGCCUUUUCAAAAGAGGUAACAAUGGUUGCUCAUUCAUGCUCUGAUCUAUUCAUGAAGCUACUUACGCUUUUCUUGGAAGCUUUGUCUCCGACCAACGUCUUCUUGCUAGAAAGUGUUCGCCAACUUACCCAUCGUUUAGUAGUGUGCAUAGAACAAGAGAUGCUUGUUCUACUGCCAAGUGUUUUGGGAAAACUUGGGGAGUGCAGUCAAGAUUUAGACUCAAUGCAACACUUGUUGAUUCUUUGUCAUCAAAUUGUUUCAAAGCAUGGGAAAGCCGUUUUGAAGUCCGGUGUUGAUUUUGGGAUGAUAUUGACAAAUGCGGCCCGAUUCUCGGCCGACCCAGAAACGCAGUCAAAACUUCCACAAGAUGAAGCCAAUAAGAGAGCUUUGCUGUAUUGUCAACGGGCAUUCGGACAAUUCUUGUACAGCGUCGUCUCCAGUGAGACACUGACUGAUCUUGCUCCAGGAGCUGCAUCUGAUAUGAUUGUUGAAGCCGCUCGUCAGCUCUCGUUCUUAGCCGAUUCUGCACAAAAUGGAGGACGCUGGUUUGAAAUCGGGAUAAGAACGAUAUUAGAAGUUCCGGCUCUUCCGCACAUCUCUUCAACAGAUGCAAGCAGUCAAUUGGUAGUUCACGAAUGCUCAAUUGGACUACUAGCAAUGCGAGCAGCAGCCACUCCCCAAUUUGAUACUAUUGUUGCUGCUUCACUGAUUGCAGUGCUCGUGCAGGAUGGAGAUUUCGUUCGAGCGCACGGGAUGCUUUAUGGAUUCGAUUUCAUCGUUUGGCUCACCGUAUUCUGGUAUGGAAUUGGUGGACUUUCGGUAGCUGUUUGCAUCAAG